AUGACAUCCCAGCCUGCUCGUUUCAGUCAGCCCAAACGCCAGAUCCAGCAUGUCGUUCUCCUCGUCGUCCGGCUUCGCCAUCUUGUCGUAGUACUCCUCGCCCUCGACGAUGACGUGGCACAUCGAACAAGAGCAGGAGCCGCCGCACGCGCCUUCCAUUUCAAGGUCGUGGUGAAAGGGUUAAUAAAGACCCAUGGCCCGAUGCUUAAGGAAUACGAGCUUUCCAAGCUUUCCGACAACCCCUUAGGCAACCCGCGAGGUCGGAAUCUAAUUGGCAGAGUCGGCCAGCGGCAUGGCUAG